GGCGAAAUGGCGGAGUUACGCAGCAGUAUGUUAAAGUUAUUUUCAUUUCUCUUCUUUUUGCUCUGCUUUGUCACUCUGCGAGUUUCCUCGUGUGGAAUAAGCACACAUAUAGACAUUGGCCAUCAGGCUAUCAACUGGUUUAAAGAUACAAGAAAUAACACUGAUUACAGGGAAAUCAUUCUGAGGCACCAAGACGCGUUCAUAGGCGGAAAUCCAUAUCCGGAUGCCAUGUAUUCGGGUUUGUGCUUUAAAGGAAAAUUUCAUGCGGUCGCUGAAGAUACACAUUGGGCUCCCUUUAUUAAUGCCACUGUUAGGUAUAUCAGGAAGAAAUACCCAAAACCUUGGGAUCAGGUGAGUGGAAUCGAUAGAUCAUAUCCUUUACUUGAACUGCGCUCUUGUCAUGUCCAAUCACGAUCCUUCAUUUUCCACUCUUAACAACUCAAACUUGACCCCACUGAUCACUUAAUUUUUUAUAUGUAUGGCUACUGCUGAGUUUACUAUCGCUGUUGAAUAAUGGAAAGUUGAAUAAUGAUCAUAUUUUAAGGUUGUUGUGGUGAUUUACAGACUGAAAAAGUGGUAAAUGGAAGGUUAAUUGAGACUUUCUUGAACCAUCACGCUUCAAUGUGUCACGCGAUAUUACCGAACAUUGCCUUUCCCCGUGUUGACCACUUUCACCUCAUUUUUACCAUUUGGAUUUAAAACAACAAUCCCAAUUUCUCAGCAUAUUAGCUUGUUAGGAAAGAUUCGGAAAAAUCCCAUCUACAGAAUCUUCGGAAGAAUGUCAACGAGGACAUGAGUUAAUCACGUGUCACUCAAAUGAAGAAUAUGAUUGAUUCUCAUCAUAUAGUCUUUUAGAUGGACAUUGUAGUCCCAAACUUUUUGGGCCAAAAAAGAAAUGUUUUUUUAUUUAUCAGUUGAAAAUUUAUAAAACACCAAUUUCAAUGAGAGAGGGUGAGUCAGGUCAUCUUCCAAAAGCAAUUUUUUAAACAAGAAAAAAAUUGGCAUGGGGAAAUCUUCUAGAAAAUAUACAGUAAAAUGAAAAGCACCUCUGGAAGAAACUUUACAAAAUAGGAUUCAAGCUCUCCCCUUCAAAAUGAAAUGCCCCAACCCUAAAAAGAGAAAGGCAAGGAGACCAAUCUAACUCUUUGGUCAACAUUGAUGAUUUCAAACACACAUCAUGUCAAGGAGGAUAAAAUAUUUUUGCUUUGUAUACAGAUUGUAUUUACAUGCUGUAACAGCAACCAAAUUGGUUACUUGGUCACUCAAUUUAUUUUCAAGGUACUCCUGAAGGAUUUCCACCCCAUCUAUUCUUAUAUUAACAGUCUCUUUUGUUUGAGUAAAUUUACAUAGCUACUCACCACAUGAUGAAAAACAUCCUAUAGUAAACAUAUGCACCAGUAAAGCAUUUGAAAUAUACUUCACCUGAUUUGAUAGGAGACAGAAAAGUUGGUUGCUUUUACCCUGGGAUUUGUAUCACACCAAGUAGCAGAUGUGACAUGGCACAGUCUUGGGAUUGAUCAAGGAUUCCUCACCACAAUGGGAGAUGUUAAUUUCUUUGGUUCCUUUCCAGCAGCUCACAGUAUUGGUGACCCUGGUGGAGAUAUGGUUGCAUCAUUUGAGGGGGACACAAGGAAUAUAACUGCUAGCAUUAAUGAGUGGUAGGCAACACUGUUUUGAAAAAUCAUAUUUUUGAAGAAAUAUUUUCAAUCUUGUAACUUUUGACUCCUGAGAGUGAUUAGCAUCUAAUUUCUCCUUACAGUAUCUCCCCUUAAUCAAACAUUCAGGUCACAAGAAUAAAGAAAAUGAUCAUCUGCUAAAGAGGCUGAUGAAUGUUAAACAAAUUUUCUUUUCUCAUCAGUACCUCAGGAAAUUUAUAUGGAAAGGCACAGAGAAAAUGUAUAGUGAUGUUAAGGUGUGAAGAGUUGAAGGAAUACACUUGAAAGUUAUCUAGAUUUAUUAUUUUGCAUCAGGUAUGUUCCAAGUGGAGAUCUAGAAGAUAUUUAUCUUGAAUAUUAUGGGGAAAAAAAGAUUGACAAAAAUGAGAUAGAACUCUGCACUGCCCUCCUUUUGCUUGGUUGGGUUGGAGAGCACAUUGGUGGAGCUAAGUUGUUUUCUAAGUAUUCAAAGACUUCGCCCUUUUUAAUGGAGGACCUGCACUCAUACUUCCAAGGUGGGUUAGUGUUUGUAUUUGAUUGUAAUUAGCUAUGAGAUAUUCAUCCUUAGACUGUCUUAGAGAGGCACAUCAGUUCUUAUUUUCAACAGUAUGAUUCCUUUGGAGAGAACAAGUCUCAAUAAAAUCCCAGUAAAAGUGAUGUUUGUAGAAUGAAACUUAAGUCAAUCAAAGAUCAUUGUAUGUCUGAUCUAAGCUGAAUUAACCGUGUGUUUUGAUUGGGUCUUAAUUACAGUAUUGAUCUAUUUGAGGACAGAUGCAUAGAUGACAUUACCAAUAACAGUAUUUUCCUUUUUUAGUUAUCAUACAAAGCGAAUAAAUUCCACUUUGCUGUGGAUCUGUACAGUAAUAGAUCACAGAGGAAAUCAAAAUGUGGCAAGACCAUCAGUGACACACUUGGCAGUGCCUUGUGUGCCAUUUUGUUCUUAUCCACAUUUUGAUAUCAUCUGUGAUCUGUUACUGAAUAGAUGGACAGCAAUAUGGAGUCUAUUGAUUAUUUUACAGUUAGACCACUUCUGAUUAAUUAUUAGUGAGGAUGUGAUUUUAAAUGUCAUUAAUAAUCUUUUGAGGUGCAAUUGAUGCUUUUAGGGGGUGUAGCAGACAUGGCAGCCUGGUCAGUUCUUCUGUGGCACAAAACUAUUGACAUGUUAGAACAUGGAACAGAUGUAUGUGUUAUUCCACACAGCCCUCUCUUUAUUUCUUGCAAUAAGAGUGAUUCUGCUACAGCUUCAUCAAGGAGACAGUUGGACAAAAAACUCAAGAAUCCUGGAACAGUUACACCAGCAGAAAUACUUAAGCUUGCCGAUUUUUCUAAUAUAAAUAUGAAGCAGACCAAGAGAGGCACUUACUUUUCAUUGUCAGAGUCUCUUCAUGAAAAGAUGUUGAAAAGCAAAAGUUUGUCAAGGGAUUGCCAUGGUUCUCAAAACUGCCAUUUAAAAGUGAUGUCAAAUGAGAACAGUGCAGAUAAAAGGGCAUUAUUAAUGUCUGCAGAAUAUUCAUCAUCUGUGCCUUAUGCAAGAUUAGGAUGGUGAGUAAAUUGUUGUUUAACCUUUGAAACUCAAAGAUCUGAAAGAAGCAUUAUACCUGCAAAAAUGUCCCAAUGUUUACAGGUCUCUUGCCUAUGGCAAUUUCAAUGGUCAGAAUAUUUCCCUUGUGAUUGGAGCACCGGGGUAUGGUACCCCAGGCAACAGCCAACAUGGGCGGGUAUAUCUUGUUACUGGUGAUGCUGACAGUGGCUUACCUGAUAAAGACUUGGACUUGGAUGUGUCUGCAAACACGAUUCUGGAUGGUAUUGUGGAGAACGGACGGUUUGGUACUGCUCUGGCUGUAGUGGAUUUUAAUAAAGAUGGAGUGAAUGACCUCGCUGUGAGUGCUCCAGCAACAGGUAUGAGUUAUUGACAGUUUCUACUUUUUUGCUGUCAAAGACUGUGAUGAACUGCAGCGAAUAUAGAGGCUUUGGGUGAAGCUACAAACAUGAAGCAAAAGGAAAGGCUUCGGGCAAAGCUACAAAACACUAGCACAGUCAAGCGCUAUUUUAACCAUAAGGAGUUCUCAUGAAAAGUCCUGUAUACAAAAUAUUAAAGCAUGAGGGGAUUUGUCACGCAUGAGAAGGCAUUACAUAAUUAUAAUAAUUUUACAACAUUGUGAUUGACAAGUUCAAUUAAUAAAGUUAUACCAUUGACCUAUCAACCCUUCAACCACUUAGAGUGGCUAGAAUCUAAUUUCCCUUCACAAUAUCACCCCUGAACAUAUUAAGGUUGCAUGAACAUGAGGGGAUGCAAGUGGCCUCAACUGUAAGUACUUUUUAGAAAUGCUAGGAUAUUAUCCUAGCAUUCCUAACAUUCCGAGCUGCACGAGAGUGUCAAAAUCCGUGCGUAUGUCAGAAAUGUCACUAGAGCUAAAGUAUGCUAGAUGAUGGCAAAUAAAUUUGAGAAGAUAAAUGAAUUAAUGCCUGAUAUCAAAAUGUCAUCAGCUAAUGCUUUUGUUUCACAUGCAAUCAAUAGUGCCUUUAUUCCUCGGCCGGCUCCUUUGCAUUACAUUGUAGAUUAUAAAGAGAAAUAUAUCCACACGAUUUAUUUGCCCUUAUCUGGCGUACUUUAGGUCUAGUGACAUUUCUGUGACAUACACAUGGAUUUUGACACUUUCCCGCAGCUCGGAAUGUUAGGAAUGCUAGGAUAAUAUCCUAGCAUUUUUAAAAAGUACUUACAGUUGAGGCAGCUUGCGUCCCCUCAUGAAAGGAAAUGAUCACCAACUAAAGAAGCUUUGAUUGUGAAACAAAUUCUCCUUGUCAGCACCUUAGGAAUGGUGUAAAGAACAGUAUAGAGAAUAUGCAUACAGAUGUAGGGUGUAAAGGGUUAAGGGAAUUAUAAACUCUGAUAAAUAUAUUUUAUAUUCAUGUUCUGUAUAGGUGCAAAUGAUCUUCAGUACACAGGCACAGUGUACAUCUUUUUUGGAACCAAAGGAGAGGGACUUAAUCCCCACCCAAGUGUUGCAAUCUAUGGCAAUGGAACAUAUUACAAUCUUGGUACAUCUCUAUUGGGGACUGAUAUUGAUGGGGAUGGAUUUAAGGACCUCAUAAUUGGGUCCCCUUAUGCUCCUGAAGGAGGGCCCCAGAGAGGAUCUGUUGCUAUAUUUUUAGCCAAGACACAUAUACAACCUGGUUUGGAUUUGUCUGUGCAUAAUGCAGACUGGAUGGCUCUUGGUGAACAAAAUUACAGUUGGUUUGGUUAUUCAAUGACUGUGACAAAGGAAAGUGGAAAGAUAGUGUUACUUGUUGGUGCACCUACGUUCAGGUAAAAUUUUGUUAUCUAGUGAGCUGGUAAUUAAAUAAAUAAAUCAUAGUUCUUCCAAUAAAUUAAUGGUGAAAACCCCAUUCAAAAUCCAUAAAAUUAUAGAAAGUUGAUAGUGCAUAAAUAUGGGGUUAACUUAUGGUUGUCAGGUUUAUUCAGAAAAUUUCCAACACCCCUUUUAUAAUUCUUGCCUAAGAACUGAAAGUAGUGUCUACUUCAGGGCUAAAAUGUUACUUUCUUUUACAAUGAGUUAUCAUUUACAUUUUAUUAGUAUUGAUUGAACUCUAUAUUAUUGACUGUAGUUAACAGGUCAUGAUUGUAGAGAAGGUUUUUAGUUAUUCAUCACAUGGUGAAUGCAUUGUUGGAGAUCAGGGAGAAUGCAUCUUGGCUUUAAAAGGCACAUCUACUUGUACACUGUAUAUGAAAGGUUCUUUGUAAGAUUGAGCUUGCUUGCCAACAGCAUGUUGUGGUUGUUUUUGUUAACUACUGACUGUUAAAAAAUCCAUGUCAGUUUUCCAGUGUCAAGGUUAGAAUUCUUUGAUGUGAUUGGCUAAUUUGUGAAAUCAUGUGCACCCCACAUGAAUACAAAGAAAAUACAAAUGGGGAAAAGAAGAGAAGAAUUGUAAUUUGAAAUUUAAAAAUACAAAAAGAUUUUCUACAAAAAAAUUUUUUUUUUUGCAGAUUAUGUGCCAAUAAGGACUGCAGUUACUCUAAGGAUGACGUACAAAGUGUUGGCAGAGUGUAUUUGUUCCAUCCCAAUCUAUCAACCCAACCUAUGGCAACAAUAACAGGGCACAAGACUUUCAUGAAGCUUGGAACCAGCCUCUCUGUAGGAAAACCUUACAACAACAGUGAAGACAUCCUUGCAAUUUCUGCUGCAACUCUAUGUAAUCUAUGUUCUUUUAAAAAAUUGAUUUAACCCUCCACCUGUUUAUUCCCGGUGAAAUACUAGACAUCCUUUUAAUUAAAUCUGAGUUAUUUUAUAACUGGGAGUUUAAGGGUUAAUUUUUCUUAUCAGUUAUAAGCUUUGUAUCAACUUUUCCCCACCAUGAAAUUUAACUGAUUUUAUAUUUAUCAGCAAUAAUAGUCAUUAAAAUUUAUUAAUCAUAAAAUCUUUUGUUUGUAGCAUUUGAAGGCCAUUUGGUUGAUGUGGAGGAUAUGCCAGUUUCUUUUACCCAAUCAGGUGCCAUCUACCUGGUAAACUCUACAAAAGUUCUGCAAAGUGGAAGUGAUAUCUCUCUUAAUGAUUUGCAAUAUACUGCCAUUUUUGAAGGUGAUCGCAGCUAUGGCAGAUUUGGUUGGAGUUUGGAUUUCACUGAUGUGAACCAUGAUGGUAUCACAGACUUGGUUUUCUCUGCACCAUUCAGAACAGAAGAUAUUACUGAAGAGUUGAAAGGAGGUUUGUGAUUAAAACUUUUUCUUCCUGGUGAAAAUUAACUUAAGGUACUUCACUCUAACUUGUAAUUCUGGCUCAGAUAGUGAUCUCAUUUAAGGUAUUCCCCUUUCUGUCAGCCAUGCAAUUUAUGUGAUGUUGGUUCUGAGAAUUUGGAAUUGAAUCAGCUAAUAAUCCACAAAUUGAUAGUGUACUUUAAUUCUUAUCAUUUUUCUGCUUGAUAUCUUAUUGAUAUUACUGGCAUAAGGAGAAAUUCUACCUUGGUCACCCAAGGGAGCUAAAGAGUUAAGAGAUGAAACUGAACCCAUUAUAUAAUAAGUCCUUGUUUGUAUUGAACUAGAUAAAUAAAUAAUCUCCGAGUCAAAUUAUCUUUUUUUAAUUUUCAAGGAAUCCUCAACACAUGUACUCUUGACUAACAUGUUUGGUAUAAUGUUCAUAAUAAAGCUAACCAAGAAAAAAGCAAAACAACACAACAUAAACAAGUGAAGAUAAAAGCUCAUGGUGUUUCCCUAAUUUCUUUUUUUUUUUUUUUAGCUGAGGAAGGAGGGCUGUAUGUUUUUUAUGGUGGAACAUCUUUUCCAUUGGGGAAUGCCACAAGAGGAUGUAAAGAAGUGGAACCCUGUCCUGGAGAAAAGGUAAUAUCAACUUCUUGUGGUGUGUCUCCAAUUUACUUUGAAUUCAACUACCCUUCAAUCCUCCUAGGCAUUCAAUUAUAAUUAAAUUUGAACAGCACAUGAAAGUCUUUACUUUGAUAGGCAACUUAUGAUUGGAUUUACUACACCUGUAAUAGUUGUAAAAAUUACCAGAUAUUUAACAAGAUGUUAAAAAUGUUCUUUUCCAGGCAUCUAAUGUGAUGAAAAGCAGUGAGGUAAAGUAUUAAUAAUCAUUAUUAUGAUGAUGUACAUAUGCUAUAUUAAGUUUCCUGCCUCUCCCUAUCAGCCCCUUCCCACUGUUCUCAAGGUGAUGGUUUUGGGUCAGGGUUUACAAAAAAAAAAAAUAAAAAAAAAAAAAGUAGUAAAAAUAUUACAAAAUGCAGCAAAAAUAUUUCUACAGGUCAGUGUUAAUAGAAUUUUGAAAUUCAACAGGUAUAACUUCAGUGUAUUGCAGUUGUAAAUGUUUCACCCAGCUCAGUGAUCUUGUUGAUGUUUUUUUUUUCUUAACAAAAAUAUCAUCUAUAACCCACAGGAGAGGUCUCGCAUGGGAACAACAUUCCUGAAUAUCCCCAAUGCAAGGUCAUCUGGUUCAACCCUAAUUGUCUCAUCACCUCGCAGCUCAUAUAAAGCUUUUCAUUCAGGUUCUGUUCAUGUUGUUCAACAUGCCUCUCAAAUGGCUGUUGUCUGACGAAGAUGAAUGUAAAAUAACUGAUAAUGAAAAUCACCUUUAUAAUUAGAUAAUUUGUUUUUAUCAGCUGAACUGAUAAUAUAAAUGGGUCAAAGAGUCUCUAAAGCUGAUCUCUCAAGUGUUAGCCCUUGGUCAGAGCUAAUUAGCCAGGGUAGCUGUUUAUUUUCUUUCCUUUAUGCCAAGCUAAGAAUGCCAAGGUGUGGUGUGAGUGAUAGGAAGACAUGAUGUAAAAGGGAGCAAAUGCACUCAUCCUGUGAUUUUUUGCUUCCUUUUACCCUUAGCUCAAGUUAUGACUCACUAGCUCUUGGCUGAAAGGAAACAGGAAAAAAUUAUUUUUAUUAAUUUUAGAUGCUUUUUUUAUUAACUUUAUUUCCCUGGAAUGAUUGAGUGGGAAGCAAAUACAAGAAAAGAAUAUUAAAUAGUUUUAAUAUUAAUUUUUUUAAUACAAAAAAAUCACCAGUAGGUCAUGAAAAAUAAUUCCAAGUGGGGUGUAAUAUAGAUUUGGACCAACAAACUUAACCAAUUACUUUUAGGUACUAGUUCCAUAUUUUUAUUUUUCUGUUUACAAAUCAAGAUUUUACUCUUUCUGUGCCUUCUUUAUCCAUAAAUUUGCAUCAUUUCUGAUGCAAGCUUCAGUCAUGGAGUCUCGCUGCUAACUUUCACUGAAUGAACCAGCAGAAUGUAGCAAAAAUGUGUUGAAUUUUAGCAGUGAAACUUUUUGGAAUCAAAGCCAUUACUGAGCUUUAUGAAAGAUGGACUAAAGGUGGUUAUCUCCUUUUUCCCAACUCAAGUGAGUUUGUGGCUUCAGGAACUUUUUGUAAUCAGAUAAAUUAUUAUAGUUGCCUAUAAUUGUGAGUACUCAUCUUUCAAAUAAAUUUUUACAUCAAAACCCAAAUGAAUUAAGUAUCAAAGGCAUUGCAAUUUAAUAUUGUCGAUGCAAAGAUCUACUGUGUCUCUAUGUUCACCUGGUAGCCAAACCCUCUAACCCCCUAAAAGUGAAAAACAUCUUAUUUCUCCCAACAGUGUUAUCUUUGAAUCUUACUUUAAGGUCAUGAGAAUGAAGGAAAUGAUCGUGAACUCAAGAAACUCUUGAUUGUUUACAAAGUACCUCAGGAAAUGCACACAGAUUUGAAUGGAAAAAUUAGGCUCUAAACCCUUUCCUGACCAACAGUGCCAUAUGGUAAUUGUGUGUACCACCCCACAAAUUUCCAAUUGUGCCAUAUGGCACUCUUCACAAUGGUCAGU